AUGGAGUUGAGAAAUAAGAGCGGUACUUGGGAGAACAAUGGAACGAUGCAGAGAGUUUUAGGAGAGUGGGACGAAUCGCCGAAGUCGAGUGAGCUGCAGUCACAGAGGGCUUCCAUCAGCAGAGAUGCGGCCAUUCGGGCUGCUCGAGCCGGACCGCAGAUGUCGUUCCAGAAACAGCCAAACCCUCCGAGUCUAAUCCACAAAGACACCGCCGACGAUCCUUUUGUUGAGUGA